CUUGUUUGUGCGUGAAAAUUGCUUAUUUCUUGAUGAAAACUCAAGCAAAUAUGGAUCAAAAGUGGAGGAAUCGCUUCCCUAGUGUAAAACUCGCAUCAAUAGGCAUAAUUUUAUCAGUUCUUUGCUCGUUCCAAGCGGCAAAUGCACAACUUCACAAAAACCUAAAACACUACGAAACGCUGCACGCGGACGAUCUUACGCAUCGGAUCACGAAACGGGGCACCAAGCACAGCAGCCACCCGUACAACACGAUCAAGGAGGUGGAAUUCAAGGUGCUGGGCCGGAACUUCCGCCUGAUUCUGCAUCCGCACAAGGAAGUACUCCACAGUAACUUCCGGGCGUACUCAGUUGACGGAAGCGGAACGGAAUCGAUUGUCCAUUUGGAUCAUGAUAGCUUCUUCAAGGGGAGGGUUUUCGGCGAGACGAACUCCCACGUGAACGCACAACUGGAGAACGGAGUCCUGACGGCUUCAGUGAUGGUUCCAGGCGAGACCUACCACAUCGAACCAUCGUGGAGACAUCUGGAUCAGUUGACCGAUAGGCAUAUGAUUGCCUAUAAGGCUUCGGAUAUCAUGUUCAGCUGGGAUGAUGUGGAGGCUGUAGGUGGGGAAAUGGGAGGCGUGCCGAAGACGUGUGGAUACAUCAAGGAAGGUGCGGAACUGGAAGGCAGUGGCGACGAUGGGGAGGACGGGAUAGAGGGGUUUGAGAAUAUACCAUCGGUGUGGACGGCGGAGGCUGAAGGAGAAGACAAAGAGGUGAAGCAAAUUCGUAGGAAGCGCCAGGCGGAUCAGUAUGAGUACACCCCGACGAAGACCCGAUGUCCGUUGCUGCUGGUGGCCGAUUACCGGUUCUUCCAGGAAAUGGGCGGGAGCAACACGAAAACGACCAUCAAUUAUUUGAUAAGCUUGAUCGAUCGUGUUCACAAAAUCUACAACGAUACCAUCUGGCAGGAUCGUUCCGAUCAGGAAGGCUUCAAGGGGAUGGGCUUCGUCAUCAAAAAGAUUGUGGUUCAUUCGGAGCCCACGAGGGUGCGUGGCGGCGAGGCACACUACAAUAUGGUCCGCGAAAAGUGGGACGUACGCAACCUGCUGGAGAUCUUCUCCCGCGAGUACAGCCACAAAGACUUCUGCCUGGCUCACCUGUUCACGGACCUUAAGUUCGAAGGCGGCAUUCUAGGUCUGGCAUACGUCGGAUCGCCCCGGCGUAACUCCGUCGGUGGUAUCUGUACACCAGAGUACUUCAAAAACGGUUACACACUAUAUUUGAACUCCGGGUUGAGCAGCUCCCGGAACCACUACGGUCAACGGGUUAUAACGCGCGAAGCGGACCUCGUCACAGCGCACGAGUUCGGGCACAACUGGGGCUCAGAGCAUGAUCCGGAUAUUCCGGAAUGCUCGCCGAGUGCCUCCCAGGGUGGCAGCUUCCUGAUGUACACCUACUCGGUCAGUGGGUACGAUGUGAAUAAUAAAAAGUUCUCGCCAUGUUCGUUGCGAUCGAUCCGCAAGGUACUGCAGGCCAAAUCCGGUCGGUGCUUCUCCGAACCGGAGGAAUCGUUCUGCGGCAAUUUGCGGGUAGAAGGUGAUGAGCAGUGCGAUGCCGGGCUGCUGGGUACGGAGGAUAACGACGGUUGCUGCGACAAGAACUGCAAGCUAAGGCGGAGUCAAGGGGCAGUUUGCAGUGAUAAAAAUUCACCGUGCUGCCAGAACUGCCAGUACAUGAUGGCCGGGGUGAAGUGUCGGGAAGCCCAGUACGCAACAUGCGAACAGGAAGCCCGAUGCACUGGAAGCCAUGCUGAUUGUCCCAAAAGUCCCCCGAUGGGAGACGGUACCAUGUGCCAGGAGCGAGGACAAUGUCGCAACGGAAAAUGUGUACCGUACUGUGAGACGCAGGGAUUACAGAGCUGUAUGUGCGAUACGAUGGCCGACGCUUGUAAGCGGUGCUGUCGGCAGAGCAUCAACGAGACGUGCUUCCCGGUGGAGCCACCGGAUGUGCUGCCCGACGGAACGCCCUGCAUUCAAGGAUUCUGCAACAAGGGGAUGUGCGAGAAAACGAUCCAGGAUGUGGUGGAACGGUUCUGGGAUAUCAUCGAGGAGAUCAACAUCAAUAAGGUGCUACGAUUUUUGCGGGACAACAUAGUCAUGGCCGUGGUGAUGCUGACAGCGCUGUUCUGGAUACCCGUCAGUUGCAUUAUAUCUUACUUUGAUCGAAAAAAGCGCAAGGAAGAUUGGAAGGAAUACGAAUGGAGCCAGAAGUUGGAUUUGAUUCAUCCCAGCGAUCGCAGACGCGUGAUCCACAUUAGGGUUCCACGCCAGAAGAUAACCGUCGCACGAAUGUAAGUAAUCGUCUACAUUUAGAUACUUUCCUUCCCACACCCCAAGCUCUAGUCCCCAUUGCAUUUAAGAU